UUCACGCCAACCAUGUCUGAAAGUAACCAUUUUCUUGUCUAAAAUCAGUAGGGUUUCCUUAAUCUCAUCCUUCCAUCUACGCACCUCAGCUCCCAACAAGAAAGAAAUAGCCAACUUAGAAUCUGAUUCCACCUGAAAUUUGUCAAAGCCGUUCUCAAAAGCCCACCUCGCCGCAUAUAGUAUCGUUUUUAGCUCUGCUUCUAAUGGCGAUGAAGCUGUCACCGGAAAUAGAAGUCCAAAGAUCACAGUUCCACUGCUCGUUCGCAUGACCGCUCCACCCUUGGCACCACCAGGCUGAAUGGAAAGUAAAAUUUCCAGUCUCUUCCAUAUUCCAGAUUAUAUUCCCAUAAGGGUUUACUGAACAGAGUGAAAGAGCUUCAGUGUUGAUAGCACAUAGCCUUUUCCAUAUGACAGAAUCAGUAAUUUUAGGUGAGUGACCGAGUGGAGAAUGGGGGUAGAAACUCUGCAAAAAUUGGCACCAUUCAUCAAAGAAGCCUUCCUUCAAUCCUUUCGGGUUGGCAAAUUCUUCUGCGCCCUUCACAUUACCAAUGCCUAUGUCUGCACAUUCGCUCUGACCAGAGGGCCCAGUAUGCUGCCGACGUUCAAUUUGACCGGCGACUUUGUCUUGGCCGAAAGGUUGUCAACCCGGUUUGAAAAAAUAGUCCCUGGAGAUGUGGUCCUUGCUCGGAGCCCCGAAAACCCGAAGAAAAUAAUCAACAAGAGGGUGGUGGGAGUGGCUGGGGAUACUGUUAAAUUUCUUGCAGACCCGAGGAAUAGCGAUAAAGAAGAAACUAUUCUGGUACCUAAAGGGCAUGUUUGGAUAGAAGGAGAUUUCAAGUAUAAUACCAACGAUUCAAGGGAAUUCGGGCCUGUUCCUUAUGGGCUUAUUGAGGGCAGAAUCAUAUGGAUUGUGUGGCCUCCCGAAGAUUUUGGAUCUGUGGGAAGAAUUGUCAAGUAAUUUGGCUCCGGAGGGUCAUCCAUGUUUUCUCAUCAAACAUUGUUUGAUGCAUCAGAGUUGUAUUUGUGCUCCUUUGCAUUUGUAAAGAUUGAUUGUCUUUGCAUAGCCAAGACCUUUCAAUUAAGGGAAGCAACACAUUUUUAGGGCUUCGAAAUUUGAAAAAGAAAACACAUAGGUUUGAUGGUCUUUCAUAUUUUCCCUUUCUGGUCUUUGCAUAGCCAAGAAAACGCAGCUUUGGCUUUCUCGGGAGUAAAGAGUGUCCAUGUUUUCAUGGAUCUUACCAGACAAGCAUGAAAACCUCUUUCCCUUGCAUUUUAAAAAAGUUCCAACUUUCUUCAACUUUUUACUUUGUUACUUUUGACGUUUUGAGUUAUUGUACAGACUUUGGUCUGCAAAAUCUCGUGUGAAUUCCUGGAUUCUUUCAUUUAAGAGCUUGUUUUGGUUCAGGAUCAAAA